AUUAGUUUAUAAAAUUAAUUUAUAGUUCCUGUUUCUUUCCUCGAUUUAAAAAUAUAAUUUGUCAAUGCAUAAUCAGCUCGAUUAAUCCCACGAGAUCGACGCCAUUCGCCACGUCCAGCAACGCAGAAUCUUGCGUAGUAAUCGGUGAGCGAGUAUUAAAUAUCAAGGAUAUUAUCAAGCUAGUUUAUAUUGGAUUUUAUUUGGAAUGUUUUACUUGUUGAUAGCGUUAACAGCAGGCCGAGGAGACACUAGAAACGAAGUCGGCUUAGCAGCGAUAGAUCUACAAUACCCGUACUUGAUCCUCUGUCAAAUCAGCGACUGUCAAACAUACGUGAACACUCUGACAAAAAUCAAUAUCUUCGAUCCGAUCGAAGUACUGAUGCCAGAGACAAUAUGCGAAAAUCCUAGCCGUGGGAACAAACUGUACAGAUCGAUCAAGGAGAAAUUCAAUACGUUCAACAUCACGCCAAUUUCCCGAAUACACUUCAACGAGUCCAACGGCAUGGAACGCGUGCGUACUCUAUGCGCCAGGGAAUACUCGACCGUGGAGUUAAUAGUAAAGCAAAAAUAUUACGCUUUAGCCGCCGCCGCGGCAUUAUUGAAGUAUGUGGAGUACGUCCAGCACAUGGUUUACGCCCCGAAAUCGGUGAGGAUAGAAUUCCAGGGAUCACCGAAUACCACGAUGAUCGAUAUAGAGAGUACACGAAGUCUGGAACUGGUCGUCUCGCAAUCCAAGCAGUCUAUCGUCAGUCUGCUGGGUACUAUGAACCGCUGCUUGACCCCCAUGGGCAGAAGACUCCUGCGCGCCUCCAUCCUUCAGCCUUCCUGCAACGAGCGUUUUAUCGCGGAUCGGCAAUCUUGCGUGGCGGAAUUGGUGGGCAAUCAUUCUCUGUGCAACAGCCUUCAGCCUGCGGUGCAACGCCUCUUCGGCACGGAUCGUUUGCUGGCGUUAGCGAUUAAACCCUUACACGUGAACGACAUGCAAAACGCGGAACGAAAUUUGAACUACGCGCUGCUCUUGAAGAGCUGUCUGGAUACCAUCCCGGAACUGGAAGCGAUUCUCGCCGCUGGUGUUCAUCCGUUUUUCAUAAAAAUGCGAAAAAAUUUAGGCAAUUCAGAAUUUCGAGUUAUGAAGGACAAGAUUUCGACGCUGAUACACGAGGACGCGAGAUUCGUUAAGGGAUGCACUUCCUUGAGUAUGCAACGGUGUUUCGCUAUAAAGGCUGAUAUCAAUGAACUGCUGGACGUCGCUCGGCAAGUUUAUUGCGAGUUAAUCAGCGACAUGAAAAAUAUGGUGGAGCAGUUAGCUGUAAAACACAAACUUCCGUUAUCCCUGGAAUAUAACAUAAAUUUGGGUUACCAUAUCAACGUCGUUAUACCGCGAGGUUUGAAUAUGACAAUCUCGAAUCUACCGGCGGAAUUUAUCCAGACACGAAAAAACAGAAGAUCGUUCACAAUGACAACGACCGGGUUGCUGACACUGAACAAACAAUGCAAGACCGCCUGCGAGGAGAUUUACAUGAUGAGCAACACAUUGCUGAGCAAUUUGCUGGAGGACAUCAGGCAGCACGUGGGCUGCCUGUUUCAAUUGAGCGCCGACGUGGCGGAAUUGGACUUGUUGUUGUCGUUGGCGCAAAUCAGUUGUAAUCCGGAAUACGUGAGACCGUCAUUCGGAACGAAAUUGGAGCUAAUAAACUCCUUACAUCCCAUUAUGGAAUUAUUUAAUAGAGAUCUUCCCGUGGCUAACGACGUGAACGCAUCGCAGGCGCAUAAUUUUCACCUGAUAACCGGACCGAACAUGAGCGGCAAGUCGACGUACUUGAAGCAGAUCGUUCUGCUUCAAAUUAUGGCGCAGGUAAAUCAUUGCUUCGAGACGAAGACUGAAGAACCGGGAGAACCGAGUGAGCUGCAUCUGAUAUAUACUCAUAAAUUGAAUCCGGGAACAGGAUCCACCGAUCACUACGGGAUCGCACUAGCGGAAGUGUCCUCUCUACCGAAAUGCGUAACAGCUAAGGCGAGAGAAUAUGCGUCUCAGCAGUCCGUAAACGCGCAGGUAAAUAACCUUGGAUCUAUCGUGAGUUCUCUGUCAUGGGAGAAAUCCUGUUACGACGCGGUCGUUCAGUUACGCGCGCUAUUGGAGGAUAACCGCUUCACUUUCGCAAAUAUAAUAAAUGUCAUGAAGCAAUUGGAUCUGAGCAAGCAACGUAAGCAAACGAAGACAGCGCGGAUUCCAAUAAAAUCCCCGAUCGCGCAGAAACACGAGGAACGAGAGAAGCGCGAUAAGGACAAAAAUCUCGCUGUCGCGACGAACAUUGACGGUUCGACGGUCAAGACGACGAACGACGACGUAUUGUCGACGGAAUUACCGAAACGGAUAGAGAAGGAUGUAUGGGGGGCGAACAAAAAUGAAGUGCAGGGCGAGCCGAUGGAAAUCGCCGAGGUCGAGAAUCGGAAGGCGGACCUAUCGAUGCACGAGAUUAUAGUAAAUCGAACGGCACUCGUAUCGCCGGUCGCAGCCAAUAGAAGAGAUGUAUCGACUGUUAAUCCAGACUUCACCCUGCAAUCUACGACGAGCGAUCCGCGAUUCUACGUUUGCACGUCGUUCGCGGUGAGCAGCCCGAGAGCAACAUCGCCCCAUCGCGGAACGAAUCCAGGAUCGAGUUUCGCCGCGAGCGCGAUAGCGGCUUCGCCUUCGGCAUCCUUUAGAUCCUCCCAGUCGUUCCAAUAUCACGACUACUGCUUGUCCGAGGGGGAGUUCGACAUCACUCUACCGUCUCUGUCGACCCCGAGUGACGUGGCGAGGAGGACCGCGCUGGAGAAAGAAGCGAGGAUCUUUCAGCAGAUCGAGGGCGACGCCUUCGACGAGAGGACUUUCUUCGACAAUGCGCGAGCGCCAUUGGAAUUAGAUCUCGCCGCGGACGACGACGUGGUGAUGUUACCUGUGUAAAAUAUAAAUAUUUUAUACGUACGUUAAUUCAUUCAGAUUUUUGUACGACGACUGGAAAAUAAAUAAGUAACAAAAAUAAAUAAAAAUAAUACGUAAAAU